GUUGUCAGUUCUUUUACUACUUCCCAUUAUGAUGCCCCCUGAAACUACUACCCAAAUCUCUCUCUCUCUCCCUCUCUCUCUCUCUAGUUCGAUGACGUAAAAUACACAAAAAAGUUCCGUCUCUGCCAUCUUCUUCUACUUUUCUCUCUCUCCACACAAUAUUUUGCUUUUGGAGAUGUUUUUGGAGCCGCAUUCGUAGAUAUGAAUCGGAAUUUGAAGGAAUCUAUGAUCGGCGGGAGGAAUAUUCCGGCUGGAACUCAGCACCGUCGAGGUCUUAGCCUCACCGGAAUGUCCAGAGAUGCCGACGAGAACUUGGAUUUAUUCUCUAGGAAUCGCCGGAGCCUCUCCGUCGCUUCCUCCGAUGAAUCUGACGGUACGAUUUUGGUGAAAUUGGGGAAACUUUCAGUUGGAUCAGCAAAAUUGGCUAAGAGUGGAAUGGAUGAUCUAUUGUCAUCGGCCGAAGGAGGAAAGCAUGACUAUGAUUGGCUUCUCACUCCUCCUGGAACUCCUCUUUUUCCUUCAUUGAAUGGAAGUGAGUCUCAACCACCGUCAGCUGCUCCAAGAAGCAGUUCCACGGUUAGAUCAGUUUCUACAACUAAGGCUUCAAGGCUUUCAGUGUCACAAUCAGAGAACAACCAUCACUCAAGACCAAUCAGAAGCAGUUCAGUGACUCGCCCUUCAAUCUCUAGUACCCAAUAUAGUACCUACUCAAAUAAAUCCACCUCAAUCCUCAACACAAGCUCAGCUUCAGUCUCUUCCUACAUAAGACCGUCCACCCCCACUACCCGUUCCUCAUCUACAGCGAGACCUUCCACUCCAUCUGCCCAUUCCGUGCCAUCCCGAUCCUCAACUCCUUCUAAACCUCGUCCAUCACUCACCAGCUCUUCCAUUGAGAGAACUAGACCAUCCCAAAAUUCAAGACCUUCAACUCCAAGUUCUAGGCCCCAAAUUCCUGCAAACUUGAAUACCUCAGUCAAUAGGUCAGCUUCUCGCCCAUCGACCCCUACUCGUCGAAAUUCAGCACCUUCUUUACCUUCCGCAGCAGCAACUUCUUUGUCUACUGCAACGGGAUCUUCUGUGCGUGCUAUAUCAAAUGGGCGCAGCACGGCAACGGGGUCCCGACCUAGCUCCCCAAGCCCACGAGUUCGGCCCGUGCCACAGCCAAUGAUUCUUCCUGAUUUCUCACUUGAGACACCACCAAACCUGAGGACAACGUUGCCCAACAGACCACUCUCUGCCGGUAGGUCCAGGCCAGGUGUGGCUGUUACCGGAAAGGGGAAUGUGGAGUCCCCGACUGUAAAUUUGCCUAGAAGACAGCCAUCACCUGUCAUCUCUAGGGGAAGACUCACAGAAUCCACCACAAGGGGCAGGUUGCAUGCAAACGGGCAAGCUGUUGAUACAAUGGAGUCACGGAAGGCAUUGCAUGUGUCGGAUUUGUUAACGCGGAAACCUGUAAAGACUUCAGCAACAUCGACAGAUAACUCAGGAUUUGGGAGGAAUAUCUCAAAGAAAUCACUGGACAUGGCCAUCAGACAUAUGGACAUUAGAAAUGGUACCAGCAACACUCGUCCACUUUCGAGGGUACCGAUCUGAUGUAACCCUCAGAGUAUUCGAUCUGCCAAUCCAAAAGGCCAAACUAGUGGUCGUGCUUUAAGUGCUCCAGCUUCUGGCAAUGGAAACCUGCCUAUCGGCAGUAACGGUGUCAUUUCAAAAAACGGAAACCAUAUCAUUAGGUCUCCUGAAAACGGGACCAAAGAAGAGAAUUUUCGGGACUCUGCAAAACUGAGUGAAUUGGACAUCUAUGAGAGCUCGAGGUAUGAUACAAUUCUGCUCAAGGAAGACUUGAAGAACACACACUGGCUGCAUAGUGUCGAUGAUAAGUCCGACCAAGGACUGAUCUUUGAUAAUGGAUUUGAGUCUCUGCCUGAGCCUUUUGACCCCUUGUAACACCUGUGAAAAUGGUUUGUUCUUUAUUUUUAUUUUUUUCAAUAUUUAAUAUUUUUUUGAAAAAUUACUUGCUUGGUUUUAAAGAUCAUAGUCUUUUGAAUUUGUUUCUUUUUAGAGAGCAAAGGGAAUGGAGAAUUCAUUUCAUUUUAUAUUA